AUGGCCGGAAGGCAGGGCGCGGGAGCCAUCGAGUCCCAAGCAGAAAAAAAGACCGAGAUGGUGGCCGAACCGGACUCGACAUUGUUAACCAAGCCAAACCCCGAAGCGACGAACACUUCCGCCGCUCCGCCGGCGACAGUCUCCGAGUAUGAGAAGAAAAAGGCCAACUUCAUGGUCAGGACAUUUUGGACCUUGGUGAUGAUUGCCGGUUUCUUUGCUGCUCUGCUCGCCGGUCACAUCUACGUCGUCUUGAUCAUCACCACCAUCCAAAUCAUCUCCUUCAAGGAGGUCAUCGCCAUCGCCAAUAUAGGCUCUCGGGCCCGCGACUUGCGCUUCACAAAGUCUUUGAACUGGUACUGGCUCGCGACCACCAUGUACUUCCUGUAUGGCGAGAGUGUUGUCUACUACUUCAGACACAUCAUUCUUGUCGACAAGGUCCUGCAGCCUCUGUCUACCCACCACCGCUUCAUCAGUUUUUGCAUUUACAUCUUUGGUUUUGUCAUCUUCGUCACCUCCUUGAAGCCAGGGAAUUUGAGGUUUCAGUUCUCGCAGUUCGCCUGGACGCACAUGGCGCUGUUCCUCAUCAACAUCCAGGCCCACUUCAUCCUCAACAACAUCUUUGAGGGUCUGAUUUGGUUCUUCUUACCCGCCGCCCUUGUCAUCACCAAUGAUAUCUUUGCCUACAUUUGCGGCAUCACCUUUGGCCGCACUCAGCUCAUCAAACUCUCGCCCAAGAAGACGGUCGAAGGUUUCAUUGGCGCGUGGUUUUCGACCAUGGUCGUCGGCCUCGGUCUCACCUGGUGCCUGCUCCGCUCCAACUAUUUCAUUUGCCCUGCAACAAACCUUGCCACGAGCAUUCUGCAGGACAUUCACUGCGACCCCAACCCCGUCUUCAUCCCUCGCACCUAUACGACCCCCGAGUUCUUUUUCCUGCCUCCCGGCCAUACCGUGAGUAUCACGGUGGCGCCCAUGUACUUUCACACCUUGGUCUGGGCCACGUUUGCAUCGUUGAUUGCCCCAUUCGGCGGUUUCUUCGCCUCGGGUCUCAAGAGAACCUUCAAGCUCAAGGACUUUGGCGACUCGAUCCCCGGUCACGGCGGCAUGACGGACCGCAUGGACUGCCAGUUCAUUAUGGGCAUGUUUGCCUUCCUCUACUACCAGACCUUUAUCGCCGUCCGGGACUACAACCCCGGUGCCGUGCUGGACAUGCUGGUCACCGGGUUGGGCGUCGAGGACCAGGCGCACGUUGUGAAGGGCAUGUUGCAGAUUUGGGCCAGAGAUGGUGUCAUUUCCCCAACGGCUGCGGAGCAAAUUUUGAACAUCUUGGGUGACAACCUCGCCUCGGUGUCUCAUCACCUGACAGAGUAA